AUGUCAGAAGUUAAUGAAGAAGAAGAAUCGUUGGCCCCCUGUUCAAUUGGAAAAGAUGCUGCUGCAUCAAAGUGCCAUGUUAUCUUCUAUGCUAAGAAGACUGGAUUCAAAGCGUUUAGUGAUUUCACAGAAUGUGACCAGAAAUUGCUUGUUUCGCGUUCAGAAGCCAAACUUGACGAAAAUUCCAUCAUUUGCUUCCACCAUGAAGCCCUCUUCCUACAUGAAUAUCAAGCGAUGCAAAAGAAAUGUUGCAAUCCAUUCAAGAAGAGGAAUCACAAUGUAAAAGCUGGACUUAGACUGCUUGAUAAUGAAACAGCUGCCAAACUUUGCCUGUUAAAGAAAAAAGAAGUGAUUGAUAUAAAACCUGGUCAGAAGCUUUGCCCUCGCUGCAUGUCGGCACUGAACCAAAAGCUAGAAGAUUCAUCAUCACUAUCAACCCAAUCUGAACAAGAUUUCACAACGGAUGAAACUGAACCAGCCAUCAACAAAAGUUUAUCAUUUAUUGGUGCUUCACCAUUGAAAAGAAGACAACUAAGUUAA